GUACCUGAAGUACCUGACCAAGAAGUACCUGAAGAAGAACAACCUACGCGACUGGCUGCGCGUGGUGGCCAACAGCAAGGAGAGCUACGAGCUCCGCUAUUUCCAGAUCAACCAGGACGAGGAGGAAGAGGAGGAGGAGGAUUGA